AUGCCCAGAGCGCAUCAACACCACCAUCGCGCCGCCGUUGCAUCCGACACCAGCGCUCCAGUAAACUCCCGCAUUCCCACCAGCGCGACUCGUGCGGCCGACCAGCACUCGAGGGCUGACCGCCUGUCGACUGCGCCCAUCGCCCCUCCACGAACCUCGUCCAACAAUCCCGCCCACUCGAGCGACAAGAUGAACAAUUCACCGCGCCGUGGGCAGGCUGAUGGCUCGCGGAUCGCCUCUCGCGGUGACACAAACGGCGCUGCCGACCCGGCCAGGAGCAAGAGGGCCCAGAGUUACCACAUGCCGCAGGAUUCGGUCUCAGCCCAGCCCACCAGCACUCGAGGCAGCCAUGCCGCCGAAGCUCAUUCUUCCAUCCCCGUCCCUAUCCGCACUCAUCAGACAACAACAAACUCCAAACCCUCGCGUGAGGCUAGCGAAAGCCUGCACCGGGUGAUUUCCAACGGCGAAGAGGCAAACGGUCGAAGCGCUGCCUAUCACAACUCGACCCACGACGACGACCCAGCGGCACCCCCUCCCGUUGUAUCCAUGAAUGCUGGCUCCGAGGAGCGACGAGGCGGUCGAAGUCGACACGACCACAGUCGCAACAACAAGGCAACCACCAAGUUUGGCGAGUUUAUCCUAGGAAAUACCAUUGGCGAGGGAGAAUUCGGCAAAGUAAAGCUUGGAUGGAAGCAGGAUAGCAAUGUGCAGGUUGCCAUCAAACUCAUCAAAAGAGAUACUGUUGGCCAUAACCCGUCGCGGUUGGCCAAGAUUAAGCGCGAAGUUACCAUUCUCCGCGGCAUCCACCACCCAAACAUUGUGCGAUUGAUAGACAUGGUUGAAACCGAUAGAUACAUUGGCAUUAUUCUCGAGUAUGCAUCUGGAGGCGAGCUCUUUGACUACAUUUUGAACCAUCGUUAUUUGAAAGAUAAUUCGGCGCGCCGUCUCUUCUCUCAGUUAGUCUCUGGAGUUGGCUACCUCCACAAGAAGGGCAUCGUUCAUCGUGACCUCAAACUGGAAAACUUGCUCCUGGAUCGCAACCGAAACAUCAUCAUCACUGACUUUGGCUUUGCCAACACAUUUGACCCCCACGAUGAGUUGACAGAGGAGGAGGAGCUUAAUCUGUCGGAUCGCGAGUAUGUCAAGAGGCUGGGCAUAGACAAGGUGAAGCCCAACGGCAUGCGCAAGGGCGAUUUGAUGCAGACGAGCUGCGGAAGCCCUUGUUAUGCCGCGCCCGAGCUCGUGGUGAGCGAUUCGUUGUAUACCGGAAGAAAAGUUGAUGUGUGGAGCUGUGGUGUCAUUUUGUACGCCAUGCUUGCUGGCUACCUGCCAUUCGACGACGAUCCUGCUAACCCAGAAGGCGAUAAUAUCAACCUUCUGUACAAGUACAUCGUCACGACGCCACUGACAUUCCCCGAAUACGUGACACCUCAUGCUCGAGACCUCCUGAGGCGAAUUCUCGUGCCAAACCCGAGAAAGCGAGCUGACUUGUUCGAGGUUGCUCGCCACAGUUGGCUGAGCGAAUAUGCCCACGUUGUCGAGUUCAUCACAAGCUCGACUACUUCGCCAUCCGAAGUCCAAAGCGUCAGCGCCACAGGCUCAGACUAUGCAGAGGCCCCUAUGGUUACGAGGAGCGCCUCUGUUCGCGAGGCACCAAAGCAAAAGUCUCCCCAGCCCGCUGUCGUUGGUGGUCUCGCAAAGACACACGGCAAGAUCGAUUCUCCCACCGAACCUACCCAGCGCACAUCCAAGGACGCCAAGCGCCGCACCGUCCAGGUCGAGUACGUUGCGCCUGUCACUCAGACACAACGAGGUGGUACCGAAGAAGUGUCCAGGCACCAGGCUCGGCCGACUUCUCGGCAUCACCACGAGCCGGCCCUGGAAGAUUUGUCGCUGGACGACAGGAACCUGGCACGACCACAGUCCAAGAGAGGGCCAGCUACGGGACAAACAAGCGGAAUCCCUCAGCCAACUCGCCCUGUGCGGGACGUUCGCGCGACUUCCGACCACACGUAUGCCGUUGGUGUUCCUGUGGCGACCGCUCGUCCCCGUACUGGCAACUCUAUGCAGUCUGCCACUUCUCUUGGCUUACAGUCUGGAGGCAAUUAUGGCCAACCUGUCCCCCCCACCAUUGCAGAUACCAAUGUUCAAGGCCGUAUUCAGCAACCUUCUAAUGCUGCCGAGGAUGAUGCUCUAGGGCGAACCAGCACCAACGUUCCCCCCAAGUUUGCGAGGAUGUCAGGCUUUAACGAGCCUAAGAGCAGUGAUGGAAAGGGACACAAGAGGUCCAACACGAUAGGAGAAAUCGGCUCCAAGCUUUUGGGUCGCAGUGGAUCGAUGUUUGGACGCAAAGGAAAGAAGUCGGAGCAGUCGGCCGAAAAGGCCAAAAAGUAUCCUCCCAUCAGCAUGGCCAAUACGGGCAUGGCUGCGGGAGAUGAGCCUCGCUCGCGGCCUUCGAUAGACUCAAAGGCAUCUCGCCGGUCCUUUACUCUUGGCCUUGGAAAGAAGGCGAGUGGCAGCAUCAACGGCUCCCAAGACUCCAUCGACAAAAAGGAGCGCCGCCGCUUCUCGCUUCUUCCCGCAUCCUUCUCUCUCAAGUCCCUUAGCGCUCCUAAGGAUUACGGAAGUGCCCACCCCUCUGAGCAAGACUUGCCCAUUCAAAACCCUCGCACUGCUGACCUAGGACGAAUCGUCACUACCCACGGAGGCAGCACACCUUUCUUCGACAACGGCUACGAUGGCCAGCAGCCAGAUAUGGUCGUAUCUACCCCGCCUGUUCAGAACCAGAAUCACAACCUAGCCCCAGCAGACAGGCGACCAAAUGCGAUCCCACAAUACAUGCAGCAAGGUGCACACCUCAACAGUGCCUCUGAGACCUCGGUUGACAUGCGCCAACCUCCUGCGGGGGCUCGGCAGGGACCAUACCAGUACGGAUAUACUCAAUCUGAAGGCUUUGAUGGGCGAGCAAUUGGUACUGGCCGAGGAGUGCUGCAGAAGAGCCAUAAGCGAUUUACGGACGCCUACGACCAGGGAGACUACCGAGGCCAUGAGGGAAGCAGUGGAGCUGCUAAGCGUGUCAUGGACUUUUUCAGGAGACGAGGCAAAGCCCGAGGUGGAGAUGAUCGAUAA